AUGCCAGUGUUAGCCGAUCUCCCUGACCUACCCCCUGAAUUACUCGACGAAAUCUUCGCCCUCGCUUUUGACACCGCGCCCAGCAUUGGUAAAACCGUGCAAAAAGGAGACAUUGACGUCCAAGGUCUCAGCCGUCUACUGCUCGUCAACCGCAAAUGGUACCAGGCGUUUGUGCCCCGGUUGUACUCUCGCUGGACCUUUAACGGAGCGCGGCACAGCUACAGCGGGUUAUGGAAGUUCAUUCGCACGGUUGUCACAAACCCCGAUCUCGCCGCGAGAGUGCAGGUGCUGAAUAUUGGGAACUGGGGAGGUUCUCCCGCGUACUACCUCGCAAGGCAUCACGAGCUCUUAGACCAAGAUAGGAGUCUACAUCUAUCACCCGACGAUGAGGAAGUCGCUAAGAUGGCGAUUCGGCGUGCGGGUCUGACAGAUGAGCUUGGGUCUCAGAUUCUCCGAGCGGUCUUUGCUAGCGACAACGACUACCGAGACCGACGGCCAUUGGUGGCGCUUCUACUGUGCAGUUUGCCACGAGUGUCCACUGUAUAUGCGCAUGUUCCGGAGACGGACCCGUUUUUGGGGGGUGUUCUGAAGGUAGCACUCGAUCAACAACAAGCCGCCUCAUCCGCGGAAUCAGCCUUGCUUCUGGGGCUGAGGGAGUUGCAUGUCCUCAGCGAGGUUCCGAAUUCCAUUGAGGACGGCCUCAAGCCGCAGGAUGACGAUAUCUCGGAGCCUUCCCUGCAGCUACAUGAUAUAUGGCCCGCUCUGUAUCUGAGGCAUCUCAACACACUCCGUCUCUAUAACCUGGACCCGGACGGCCUGGGUCGCCUCCUGCAGGAGACAAUCCCAGUUCAAGGCCAAGGAAACGAAUGUCAUAUCCAGCAUCUUCACAUCGCCACAAAGAGGACAUCGGCUUGUAGAGCAGAAGAUCUGACCGCUCUGCUCACUCUGCCGACGGCUUUGAAGAGUCUCUCCCUUUCCUGGGACAUGGACAAGACCAAAACCAAAAAGAUCAAGGGGAAGAAGCGCAAUGUCUGGCAGAUCUCUAACAACGAGGUGUGGAACGCCAUUCAGAAACACAAAGGGUCCCUCGAAUAUCUGGAUAUGUUGCACGCCUUCCCUGCGGGACCGCGUCAACACCGGCCAGAGGACCACUUCGGUCUUCUAACUGCGUUCACGAAGCUGAGUUAUCUCUCUAUCAUGACUGAGAUGCUCAUCGGUGGCUACCAUGAGAACACAACAGCCCCAUUUCGUCUGAAGGACACCCUGCCCGCCAGUAUCGAAUCCCUAGUCAUCGCAACCGAUUCCGCCUCCAAUACAAUCCCCGACCUCAUACCCCAAAUAGCGGAGGUAGUAUCACAGUUUCCCCAUCUCAAAUCCUUCCAAACAAGCGACUACUCCGCGGCAUCCGGUUACCUCCCGCCGGGAACAAUACCAUCCAAGUACCAACCCAUCAAAGAAGCCUGUUUUGGCCGAGGCAUCCGUUUCAGUUUCCAAGGACUCUGCUCACCUACGAUCAAACUAGAGCAGUGCCCAUAUCCCCUCGGCGCCCGGUGCAUCAGCCGAUGGAAGCAAACAUACAAGCUCCGCAUCGACGGCAUAGCGCGGUACAAAAGCCUGCAUUCACGCGCGAAACGCAAGGCCGCAGGCCGCAGAGAGACUCCAUCGCCCCCACCAGCUCCAGCAAGACGCAGAUGGAGGAACAAAACACACGUCAUCCCCUUCCAGGACCACGGCGGACAUGCCUCGUUCAUGGUGUUCCAAAGCGAGGAAAAUACCUUACUCCCGCCCCUAAUGAACAUAACCAUCUACUUCACGCAUCCGGAGGGCCCACUGCCCCAGCCCGCAGACCUAGAAGCCGACCUGAGAGCCAUGCACGCCCAGAUCACAGCCGACGGACUCGACGAAUUCCACUACCGCCUCGACGUCUACUUCCUGCCUGCCGCCGACAACGACGCCUGCAUCGCCCACUACCAAGCCGAGAAGGCAAGCCGCGGAACCUCGCGAGACAUGUACAAUGAAGCAGAGAUCCGACUCGAUACCGAUUUCCCGCCCCCGUCGACCCCGCGCCUCCCGGGGAUGGUGCAGACAUACCGGCCCGUCCGGGGCGCGAACUUCACCGGGCUGAUGUUCGUAUACCCGGACCGGACUUGGAGGGGGGGCGCGCAGCAGAUGUGCCGUAUCCGCUACGGGCCAGGCUUUGAGCUCGGACAGCCCUUUGACGCGAGGUGGUUUGGGUUUGUGCCUGGUUCGGCAGAGUCGUUGGGACACAUGAUCUGGGAGUACUCACGUGCAGGUGAUACGAAUUGGCAGGAGGGGAUUCGGAUAUACCAGGAUGUUACGGAGAGGGGGUGGACGACGUGGUGA